ACCUAAAUGAACUAACAUUUCUUGGGGAGAUAUCUAGGAAGUGGAUUUGUGUUCAUUCAGCUACAAGAGCAUUAGUGAGGUUGAGAUCAGGUACUGAUGUUGUGUGAGGAGGUUCCGGUUCCAGUUCAUCCCAAAGCUGUUCAGUGGGAUUGAAGUCAGUGCUCUGUGCAGGACACUCGAGUUCUUCUACUCGCAACACACCAUGGCUGCGUCCGAAACUGCAUACUUACCUACUAUAUAGUAGGUGAAAAGCAAUAUGCCAGAGGGGUACUAUGUCCGAAUUCUAAACAUGCGAGAAAUAGUAGGUGAGAAAUACCCGGAUGGUGUACUGCUUCCGGCGAGAUUUUGCAAUAUGCAACCGAUGCACACUACGCGAGUCAAACAAUGCCACAAUGCAACGGGACUGGUGCAGACGAGCUCAGAAAGAAAAGAAAAAAAAAACGUGGAAGACAGACGUGGAAGCUCUUUUUAAGUGUUAAACCUUGGUUAAACACGACUUAUUUAAUAAAUUGCUAACUUGUUUAAGAUUUUUGUGUUUAUGAUGAUGUCGAAGGUCACAUGACAAUGCUAACAUGGCGGAUGUAGUAUGUCUGGACUUGUAUGUCCAGUAUGUCUGGACUUACACACACACAUACUGAUUAGUAUGGCAAUGCAGUAUGUACUGUCAUAGUAUAUGAUUUCGGACGCAGCCCAUAUCUUCAUGGGGCUCGCUUUGUGCACAAGGGCCUUGUCAUGCCCAAGGGAAAUUGUAAUGCUACACUGUACAACGACUUUCUAGAUAAUUCCAUGCUUCCAACUUUGUGGCAACAGUACAUUCAAGUGUAAGGGUCAGGUGUCCACAAACCUUUUGUCAUACAGUGUGUGUACAUAGUGUAGCUUAGACGCUACAGCAGCUGGAACUAUCGACAAGUUCCUCAAAUCCUCCGUUUGUGUAUUCUCGCGAGAUUUGGAAUCACGUGAUCCGUGGCAGAAAAUGAAAACAGGAAGUAGUGUGCAACAGAAACGGAGCAGAAAGAAAGAGUUGGAGAGAGUUGAGGUUUUAAUCACGUCAAAAGAAAAAAAAAAUAUGGGGGGUUUUACAAGUUACAGCUGUGCGUUGUUUGUUUUCUUCUGUGGGAAUUUGAUGUUAGGCGAGAUCUCUGUUCAUGCCGCAGAACCGAGUGGAGAUGAAGAUCUAAAAGCGCCUGGGUUGAACGAGGACAGCUACUUUCCUUCUCUCCGUCUGUCCUCUUCCUUCCCGGAGGAUGUGGAAAUGAUUGAUCAUUGCUUGAAAUUGCUGCAUGAUUUCAGUCAGAGAUAUACAAGCUUAUCGAGCUGUCUGGUGUCCAACGCACGUCCUGUUAAAAUGUGUCAGAACUGUUAUAGCGGUUAUAACGAUUUCCUGGACAUGUAUGCAAACAUAUCAACACAGGUGGGUUCUGGGAACAAGAGCUGUGAAGAGCUGCUGCUGCGUGCAGAUAGGCUGAUGCUCCUGUACAACCUUUACAAAGGCUUAAAUGACACCUGGGAAUCGGCUGAAUGUACCAGUUGUCUGAUCGACCGGAAAAGCAUGUCGAAUACCACACUUUACUUCAUAGAUCGACACAACCAGUCGCUGACCUGCUUUGAGAAAUACUCGCAGGGGAACUACUCGGAGCUGUGUGUAGAGUGCAAGACUUCCUAUAAAGUACUCAAUGAUCUGUAUAGUAACAUGUCAAAAAACAAGACUCUGUGUAUUGAUGUGGAAGACGCGAUGAACUCGACGCGGUAUUCGUGGAGCAAGAUAUACAACUGUUCGUUGACGCGUGAGGAGAACGUGCCAGUCAUCGCCGUGUCCAGCUUCAUGCUCUUCCUUCCGCUCAUCUUCUACUUGAGCAACUACCUGCACUCGGAACAAAAGAAACGCAAGCUGAUGCACCCCAAAAGAGCCAAGUCCAGCCACAGCCUGAUGAAUAUCCAAGACAAGUACAGCUGAAUGCAGGAGACAGGAAGAGGAGGAAGCGAGGAGAACCUUUACAUUCUUCCGAAAGGAACGUGCCUGGUGGAUGUGAGCUGGAUUGUAAAAUAUCCACGGACUUUAUGAUAAUUGUUAAAGUAAACAUCACUUAUUCUGAACAUAUUUGUCAAAUUUUUUGUGCUGAUUUAACCCCCCCAAGCCCCGGUGUUUUGCUGAUCAUGUGAACGAAUGCAGUAUGUUGAUGACAGGAUGGACUACUCCGUAAAGAUCUGUGUCUUUUGCCUUGCGAGAUGGCGCGCUGACGAGCUCUAGGUGAGACUGGUUAUGCCGUCAUCCCGCUGCAACCAAGAGAACAUCAUCUUGCCUGCUAAAAGCUUUUAUUAUUUAUUUCUUUCGGGGUAGCGGGACUUGUACAUAUAACAUAGCAGCAGUAGCGCUGUUGCAAGCACUUGAUGUCCAUUAGUGAUCCAUUAAUAAAUACAUGGUGCAUGUGUGGAGUGAAGAGGUAAAAGCAAUGGAUGAAAUGAAAGGAGAAUGCACUAAAGAACUAUGCAGGGCACGUGACGCUUUGGCCGAGCCUUUUCUUGUUUUUUUUUUUUUUUUGUAUACGAAGCAACCAUCUCUACCCUUUGUGCUACUAAUGUGUGUUUUUUUUUUUUGAGUCACUAUAAGGUCAUGAUGUAGCAGUCUGACUGGUUUUCUGAUCAAGAACAGAAGAGAGAUAUAAUGUGCAUAAAGACUGGAAGAGUUAACUGCGCUGUUACACGUUUGUGAUUUCCAAACGUAAAUGUUCUACUCGUGAGAGGCUAAUUACUGCAGCAGUGACCUAAAUAACGAUUCGAACGGCUUUGCAUGUUUCAUAUGAUUUGCUAAAGAUUUGCAAGUAGUUGAAAAGCCAUGCUCUGUUGUUUUCAGGUUACUUGGCAUUCACAGGAAUAUUUUCUCCACAUCAUUAGCAGCUAAUCUAAAUGUAGGAUAAAGUUACUUGGCCGAAACAACGUGCAGCAACAUAUCCAUUGGCUUUUUGGUCUCAUGGUGCUGUGCCAUUACUUAUAACACUGGCAUUUACAGUGGGGGAAAUAAGUAUUGGACAUGUCAACAUUUUUUUUCAGUAAAUAUAUUUCCAAUGUGGCUUUUCACAUGAAAUUUUCACCAGACAUCAGUAUUUACUCAAGAAAUACUGAAAUAUAAAGAAUUUACAACAUUAAAGCCCAUAAAUAAUGUUAUGUGUAAUAAAGUGGAAUGACACAGGAAAAAAGUACUGAACACACUAAGAAAAAGCAGUUCUCCAAGGCAAGGUAAGGCAAGGAACCAGCUGAAAUCCGUAAGUAAUUAUACCCUCUAUCUGUUCAAGUUAAUAUCAGCUGGGUUAGUAAAUUGAACGUCUAUAAAAAGGCUUUUUGUUACCAAGGUGUCACACAAGAAACAUCUCAUGAUGGGUAAAAGCAAAGAGCUCUCCCAAGACCUUCACAACCUUAUUGUUGCGAAACGAAUUGUUGGAAUCGGAAACAGACGUAUUUCAAAACUUCUGAAUCUUCCAGUAAGCACCAUUGGGGCCAUUAUCCACAAGUGGAAGCAACAUCACUCCAUCAUCAACCAUCCACGCACAGGAGCUCUUCGCAAGAUUUCUGACCAGGGAGUCAGAAGAAUAGUCAGAAGAGUAGCCCAAGAGCCAAGGACCACUCGGAAAGAGCUCCAGAAACACUUGGAGGCAGCAGGUGUCAUCGUCACAGAGAAAACAAUAGUCAAUGCACUCCACUGCUCACGCUCACCACGCAAGACUCCAUUACUAAAGAAAAGGCAUGUCGAAGCUCAUUUAAAGUUUGCUACAACUCAUUUGAACAAGCCUAUGAAAUAUUGGGAGAGUGUCAUCUGGUCAGACGAGAGCAAAAUUGAACUUUCUGGCUGUCAUACUACACACCAUGUUUGGAGAAGAAAUACUGCACAUCACUCUAAAACACUACACCAAAUAAAUCAAGGUGUUAGAAUGGCCCAGUCAAUCUCCUGACUUGAAUCCAAUUGAACAAGAUUUAAAGACAAUAUGUUUAGAAGAAUGGGCCAAAAUCACACCUGAAUUCUGCGGCCCAUUAAUUUCUUCAUACAGGAAGCGUCUUGAAGCCGUCAUUACAAACAAAGGCUUCUCCACUAAGCAUUAAAUAAAUUUCAGUUAGUGUGUUCAAUACUUUUUUCCUGUAUCAUUCCACUUGAUUACACAUAACUUCAGUUAUGGACUUUAAUGUUUGGAUUUCUUUAUAUCUUGAGUUAAUACUGAUGUCUGGUGAAAAUUUCAUGUGAAUAAGCUCAUUCGAAAUAUAUUUACUGAAAAAAAUGUUGACGCAUCCAAUACUUAUUUCCCCCACUGUAAGCGCAUUGCGCCUGAUUUGUUCAAUCAUAUGAUUGCUUAGAGAACCUGAGCGGGUGCCAUAGGUGGAAAAUAAUCUUUCGUAUACACGUUUCGUAAACGUGUGAUGUACAGAGAAUUGCGGAUUUCAUUCUUACAUGCCUUGCGGCUUGAUUUCGUAAGCCGUCUGGAUUUCCUAACCAUGUUUAACAAGUCACUAUUGCUGACUAACUUCAUCUCCAUGUGAGUGAAAAAUGUUCCAUGCAGUGGUGUAUCACCUAAAUCGACCCCUAGAGAGGAUGAGGGGAAAUGGGAGAUUAUCUUUCAUAGCCUGGGUUAGGAUUAGAGCAGUGACUUUGGACCUUUUAGUACUUGAGAGUAUUAUGAAAUGCCUUGAACUCAGCUGGUACUCAGGGCUCAUAUAAAGGCAGGCCUGUAAGCAAAGCAUCGUGUGUGUGUUUUAUAGUAAGUACCUAGCUUGGCUUUUCACAAUCUAUUUAUUUUUAAAAAUGUGAAAUAAUAAAGUAAUAAUUCAAAUGCCAAUCCUUUUCUUAUUGCCAAGAAUAGCAACAUGAGAUCAAACCAGCCAGUGCUUAACUCAUUUUAGGAGGAUGUCACAUGGACUACCUUUAUAUGAAUAUCAAUAAUAAACCCUUGAGUUACUAUUUUUUCACUUAUUCAUUGUCCUACAGCUUCAUACCUUAGUGUCAGUGUUACAGAUUAAAUUUGGUAAACUUUAAUUUAAUGUAAAUGCUUGGGAAAGUAUAAGAGGAUAUUAGGGGUAUUACUUUAAAGCGUAAACUAGCAUAGCUACUUUCUAAUGUACACAAAGCUCAUGCGUUAGCUUCACUGCCCAGUCGAUCUAGACCUACAUAUUGUUUAAAAAUGUAAUUAUUAUUUUUAUUAUUAUUAUUGUUGGUAAAAAUUACUUAAAGGUGCAAUAGUCAAUAUUUUUCAUUUCUUAUUUGUACAAAUAAUGUGGAACAAUUAAUAACUAUAUGUAUUCAUAAUAUGUACUAUAUAAUAUAUAAUAAUAAUACUGUCUAAGAACAAGUGUUUAAUACAUAGCUGAAAAAACCCAGUUUGGAAACCUGACUGGUCCGGAAUGUUUGUUUUUGUAUUUGGAUUGGCCUCUUGUCAAUCAUUUGAUAGACACGCCCCCAACGCCCUCAUCCUUAGCAAUUAUUAUGAUGAGAAGUUACAUGUUUACAGAUUUGCAACUCAGCUUUCAAGCAGCCGAAUGUCUGAGUUCGUGUGAAAGUGAUGUCAUGACAUUUCUUGCUAAUGGUAACCCUAGUUGAAUAUUACAUUAAAGUAAGUUUUGGUAUUGGGGCUAUGUGUCCAUGGAUGGAAAUGGGGGUGGGCUCAAUGAGUUAAAAAAUCAUUCAAACCUUAUUCAACUUCACAAACUUAACUGUUAAAAAUCAAAUCUUACCUAUGCACCUUUAAUUCACACUGUAUUUGAACUGUUUUU